AUGUCUUACGAGCCUACUGCUGCUGAGCUUGCCGCUCACACUUUCGCCUAUGAUGCGGACACUCUCGAUAAAGAGCUGGCCGAUUUCCUUCAAAAGUUCUACACACUCUCCGACGACAAGGUGCACGCGGAUAGCUGGGCUGCCUGCUUUUCAGACGAUGCCAGAAUGAAGCGGAAAAUGGACGACGUGGUUGGACGUCAGAACAUUUUGAACGUAAAUCUAGAGUCAUGGAAGGGCCAGGCAGAGCGCCUCCACAUUGUGUACAAGGUGUUUCCAUUCAGCGCCGGCAAGACGGAUGAGAUUAUGCUCUACGGCAAGAGCGAAUACGACUACGAGGACGGAACCACUGGGGAGAUGCCGUGGUCUGCCCGGCUGCACUUUAAGCGAUCCGACAAUGGCAUCGCCAUUGACUUUUACCAAGUCUAUUCUCCAUGGAUCUAA